AUGGGCCAAAGACACAACAGACGCCGUUCUCGAUUAAGACCAAACCGCAAUCGCAACAUCGAUACCUUCAAUUCCACCCCGAUUGACAGUGAUCCCUUCUCGCGAUCCCUCGCCCCGACCUGGCAUUAUGGAUCCUUGAAUUGGACGCGCGAUCGCCCGCUGCGGUUUGAGACGGAGCAGUGUCGGCUUUUUGGUGGUGAACCCGGGGAUGAUGUUGGGCUUUGUUAUCGCAUGUUGGAAUACUUUGGCGGUCUCGACUACAUCGAUUCUUCACAGUCGAGACUCCCCGGAUGA